AUGGCAUCGUACUUUUUGGGGUUUCUUACCUUGAUCUUCAUGGUGACGGCUCUCCUCCAGCAAGGAUUAUGUGCUGUAUUGGAUGAGAGAUUCGUCAAUAAAGGAUAUCUGAACAACGUCACGUCUCGUCCAGCCGAGGUCUCUGACACAAAUACCACUCAUAUUGGUUCCGCUGGCGACUUUCCUGUUUGCCAUGACCUUGAAGGUCCGAUCGCUCCGCUAUGCUUGCCUCUGAAUGGGGCCAACGUGCUGGUGGAUGCGAUUUACUAUGUGACCUGGAACGCGGACUUUUAUCCCCUCAAUGCAACCAUCACGAUAGAAAUGAGAUACUUGAAUUCCUCUGAAGGCGACUCGGCAUACACUUCGGAGCGCACAGACAAUAGUUAUGGCUAUCUGCCUCUUGGCAUGAGCAAGGAGUGGCUUCAGGACAAGCCGUACAACGAUCUGACGCUGUACAUCAUCGAGCUUGACCCGACAUCCGGCAGAAGGGCUAGUGCUCGACAAGGUCCAACCAUCAGGCUGCAUCCGAAGCCUGUAGAGCACUACCGACCCUCACCCCCUCUGCCAUACAACAGGCUAGCCUUGUUUGUCGGAUUACCCGUGAGCCUCGGGGCCAUCAUACUCGUCGUGGGAGGAUUGUACUUUGGGAUGCGUGAUAGCCGGAGAAUCAAGGUCGAGAGAUUGAGGAUAGCCCGCGAGAAAGCUUAUGGGAUUGGAGAAUCAAAAAUGGAGCGCUUGGGUGCAAUGACUGAGAGAGAUAUCUCCACCGACCUGUACUCGCCAGGGGAGUAUUCCGGGCUCUUUUAUGAUGUCCUGCCGGAGAUGGUGAACUCAGACCUGCUCAGCGAGUUUGAGAGGACGGCAGGCCAUGUCUUCAGGCGCGAUAUUUCUAAACUCAAGAGCUGGAGCGGUUGA